CUCUGCUCCUCUCACCCUCACGCUCCAAGGCGGCGGCGCCAUGCACGGCGGAGGCGCGGCCUCGCCCGAUGCCGCCAUAUGCAUCUCCCCAGAAGCUGGGCCCAUCGUCGGGGUCGCCCCCGCCGGGAUCAGGGUCGAAAACUGCUACGUGUUCAAGAGCCGGCUGCAGGAGUAUGCUCAGAGGGUUGGCAUUCCAACCCCGGAGUACCACACGCUGAAAGAAGGCCCAUCUCAUGAACCUGUCUUCAAGUCCACAGUGUUCGUUAAUAAUACCAAGUAUGAGUCGCUGCCUGGGUUCUUCAGCCGGAAGGCUGCAGAACAGUCUGCCGCGGAAGUUGCGCUCAUGGAGAUAGCCAUGUCCGCUCCGGUGACCGAAAUUAGGAACAUGCCAGCAGUUCAAGAAACUGGCCUGUGCAAGAAUCUCCUUCAGGAGUAUGCUCAGAAGAUGAAUUACGCCAUUCCAUCUUAUAUUUGCACUAAACAAGCUUCGGGUGUAGCUCCUUUCGUAUGCAGUGUUGAGAUUGGUGGCAUCCUAUACAUUGGUGCUGCAGCUAGGACAAAGAAGGAGGCAGAGAUAAAAGCUGCCCGAACUGCUCUUCUUGCAAUCCAAAGUCAAUCAGAAGGUGGUGCAAAUGGUGCCAAAAAGUACAUUGUUGUUCCUGGGCAAAGGCCAGAUAAGGAGACGAAUAAAAAUCCAACUGAAACCCCCAUACCACUUAGAGUCAAGAAGCGUGGUUCCAGGAAGAAAUGGAACAAGAGGAAAUUCAGGAGGAUGGCUGACCGAAUUGUUGAUGCUGGAAAGGAUGCAGAGGGGCUUGGAACGCUUCUACAUGAUGACUAUGAGGAAGCUAGAAGAAUAGGAUAUGAGUUACCUACAGAUACUGCUAUGGUUCAAUUUAACAAGGAAGUUGUAAUGACACAACCUGGUGAAGGAGAUAGGAUAGUACAAUUGGAGCCACCCAGAGAUCCUGCAGAGGUCCAAUAUAACAAGGAAGCUAGAAGUGUUGAACAGGACCCACCCAGAGAUCCUGCAGAGGUCCAACAUAACAAGGAAGCUAGAAGUGUUGAACAGGACCCACCCAGAGAUCCUGCAGAGGUCCAACAUAACAAGGAAGCUAGAACUGUCGAACAGGACCCACCCAGCAACACAGAAGUGUGGAAGCCUGACAAUAAGGCUACAACUACAGAGCAGGAGUCGGUGAGCGCUUUCAUAGCAUUGAGAUCUAAUGGGGAUUCUACAGAUGUGGAGGCGGCACCAGGCGAUACCUUGAUGAUGCAGGGCCAGGAGUCGGAAGCCACAAUGCAAGAAGCAUCUCACGCUGGUGAACAGGCCCAGCCUAACUAGGAACCUGAAAGCAAAAAAAACUUCCUGAACAGGAAGACCGAAAUGUAGGUCGAAUGCAUGCAUUGCUGUAGGAGAAUAAGUCCACUGGAGGUACAUGAGCCUAAAAUAAUUUGUGGAGUGGUGGUUGACUCCAGUGGUAAGUGCCUUCCAGAGUGUACCGGCAUGCCCAAAACUGAAAUUUCCGGUUUAGAUAGAAUUGGGGGCGCGGAAGAGGGUGCCAUGUGUGUGUUUGUGUGUGUUGCCUGUGGAUGGAGGAAUUGAUGGGAGUAUGUGAACUGA